AUGGCCGCGGUCCUGGAUGUGCGCGUGUUCUCCAACAGGCUGCAGAAGUUUUAUGAACUCUGGGGGGUACAUUCUAUUUUUCUGUUUGUUGUGCAAUUUAGUCGCCCGAAAGCUCCGCAGCGUCUGUAGAUGCUUUUUUAGUGGUUAACGGCAAAUCCGAUGUUCUUUACAGCAAGACCGUCUCGUUACAGGUUUUAUUGAGUUUCCAUUCUCACAGCUAUCUGUUAGACAUGGCUUUUUGGAUAUGAAAUGCAGGAUACAGCGAUGCUAUUUGCAAGGAGCGGUUUGUAUAUCCUCAGCAGCAAGAAAAAGACCGAAUUUUUAAAAGGCACCAAGACAGCCUCUUUAAAAGACCUGACGGUUACGCUUCUUACACGAACACCGGUUUGUUUAUGCCACUGAAUAUAUUCCUUUUUCAGGAGAAUAAUGAUAAGGGGAAUAUCCUUAAGCUCGUCGAGGCCUUUACUUCCAGCGGGAAGGGUCAGGUCCUGGGACACUUCGUAAAAGAAAAAUUGGAAUCGGAUUUCGCGAAGGCCUGUGGCGAGGCUGUGAAAUCGAAGGCCAAGGAAUGUGUUGAUGCCUCAACCAUCUUCUCUGAAGCGUUUGCUAUCAAAGACGAGCAGGAAAUUGAGCUGUUACAGAAAGCAAGCGAAAUUACUUGCAACGUUUUCACGAAGCACCUAAAAGAGAAGAUCAUGGAUGUUAUUGACGAAGAUCGGGUAUAUUUCUUGUCACUUUUUGGCCCUUAAGUUCCGUUUUCACUCUGCCUGUUAGGUUCAUUUUUAAAUAAUUUUUUUUUCUAUUAGAAAGUCUCGCAUCAAUCACUUUCCGACGGAUGCCAAGAUGCCUUAAAAAACAAGGACAUUACCAAGGGCUUCGAGAUGAAUAAUCUGGAAAUGUGUUACGACCCAAUUAUUCAAAGCGGUGGCAACUAUGCUUUAAAAUUCAGCGUUGAAAGGUUGGUCCCACCGUGGCGUUUUUUAAAUAAUUUAGAGGCCGAUAAUUGUCAGCGUCCAAUAAAUCGACGCAAACCCUGCUAGUCUCUUUAACUUCUAGCUCCUAUUUUUAAAAUGAUUCUAAGCUGUGCUUUAAACUGCUGAAUUUGCCUCGCUGUAUUCGUUUUCUGUAAUUGCGAUGACCUAACGUACUUUCAAGAGUGAAGAAGACAAAUGUUCCGCAUUUGCUUUGUUCAGUGAUAAGAAACCUAUGCACUUUGGAACCAUCAUCUGCUCACUGGGCGUGCGAUACCGCAGCUAUUGUUCAAACGUCGUCCGCACUCUAGUUGUCAACCCAACGCAACAGCAGUCUACUUACUACGAAUAUCUACACGACUUGCUUAAUUGGGCCAUUUCUCAAAUCACUCCCGGUAGGUAAUGGCUAGUAUUGCCUGUCUCCCGAAUCGUCUUAAUUGUUGUCUGCAUAUUUUUUUGACACCCGGUUACUUGCUCCGUUAACACGAGGCGACUCGAUCAUAUAUAUUCUCAUACGCUCCCUUAAGACGCAGUUUUCUUAUUUGCCAUCUGUACUACUUUAUGGUCAUUACAAAAUAAACGCCAACUUUUCUGUUAAGUUACUAUUCUCUGUUAACAAAAGUAGUCACUUUUGCUCGACCGUCCCUUCCCAUUUCCUUGUAGUUGAUGGACCUGCAGUCAUGUCAGAUCUAUCUGGUAUCAGUGAUAACGUAUAUCGUCUUCUCGUACCAUCAUCUACAGCAGCCAAUCAGGUUAGGCUGACUCACCCUAAUGACGGAGACUACUUCAGGUCUGAGAAGCUCCACCACGUCUUAAUGCGCCAUGUCCGGUCAGACUUCCAGUCAACUUCUUCAUCUUCAAUUAGUAGGGGUCAUAGGACUCCGACAAUGCUGCAGGUUUCGUGUUACCACUGACAAAUAGCAUGUCUAAAUUGCUCCAACUUUGCUUGCAUGAGUCGGGCUAGCCCUGCGAUAUUGUUUCUGUGAAUACAAAGUGUUCCAUUCAGAACGAGGCCUGAGUACGUCAGUCGAAACCUCGUCAUUCAUUAAGCACAACUCGUAAUUGCCGUCCGUCCUCUAUAUUCAAGGCCAAACAUACGCAACCGUAGAGGGAUACUCUCUGAGCGGAUAGCCUUUGGACUUUAGACGGAAGCACACCCAUCUUCAGAGGAUUGCAAGCAGCAUCGGUUCGGGCAACGACGUCGUUCUUACCAUUGGUUGACAGCAGCAAGCUGAAGAGUGCGACCCGACAUUCCACAGCAUUGAUGAAUAAACUGACCGAAGUGGCUAACCUAAGACAGGGAGAUUACGCCAGCGAAGAAAAGGCUGCUUGGCCAGCGCAUUGGGACGAUUAUGACAUUGCCAAUAUCGCUGUUAACCUUUUCUCAGAUCCAGUCAAUGAUGCAGCUUUGUAGACUGAGCAACGGAAUGCAAUUAUGUCGAACACUUGACCGAAUAUCAAAUGGUUGGGAGAGACCUUUGUGGAUGAGAAUUGGGUUGGUAGUGGGGGGAUAACUGGGCAUGAUCACAACAACAUUUGUUGCCGGCGGCCCAGCUUCUCUGACGGAGUAAGUGGUCGCAGUGAAGUUAACAAAAGCACACGGCUCUCAGACCUAGUCUGAACAUCGAUAGGCCCUACAAAGUGUAUUAGGCUUUUUGAUAUUCUCGCUCGUUUCUCAGCCAAGUUUAAUUUUCCAGAGAGUCUGCUUAUCGCCAAUUUCCCGUACUCACUUCCUGACUAAUAAUUUGCUGAUACCUUAUUCAUAGGCAUGCACUUCUCCAAACUGUACAGCAGCAUUGUAGACAAAGUUCAAUCCGAACACCCUGAACUCGUGGACAAGCUCACGCGAUCUUUUGGGUGAGUUCCUGGUCAUCUUCCGAUCUUCUCAUUGUGCAAAUUAAAGCUUGUCAAUUGCAUUCCUUCUUUUUUUCUCUUGUAUUUGCCAACAAAUAAUUCUCCCCCCUGUUUUCAUGCCAAUGGCAUUUCGCUGCCAGGAGGCACUCUGCCACUCUGUCUUAGGAGUUUCCUAUAAGCGAUUUGCGGAUCGCGAACUAUCUGCCACCCAACUUCAUUCGACUUAUAGGUAUCAACGCAAUAAAAUAUCCUGUUCAGGUUUGAGAACUUGUCUGCUGUUUAAAAGAAAAGCAGACCCGUUACUGACAGCCUACCCCGAUUCCUACCGAGUACUGCUCUUCGUAUGGGCCUAAAAGGAGGGAAUUACGCCAACUUUAUUUAGUAUUAGGGGGGUUCAACUCUUUCGACUAGGCAUAGAGAAGCAAAUUCACACGUGAUGCGCCUUAGACGGGGACAUCAUACCACGUCACCCACAGCUGCUGAUUAGGGUGGAGAGAAAAGAGAAAGCGAGAAAAAGCAUAGCCAUGCAGCCAGGAUUUACCACGUACUUUUCCGCUAACACAUUUUUAUAUUGCCACGACUGACCGAGUAAGCAAUGCAAUGCAAUGCAAUAAUGCAAUGUCUGAUGUUUGCUUUAGCUUCGCCACUGGGAUAGAAUUUCGAGAUGGCUGCCAACUGAUCGGACCAAAGAGCACGUCGGUUUUUCGUAAGGGCAUGUCAAUCAAUGUAAAUAUCGGCUUCCAAGUGAGUAUUCCCUUUUUUUGUUCCCGUCCAUUAUCGAUUCUCGGUGUCUUGCCGUCUCGCUUUUACAUCGCCAUGUUUACUGCUUUUGUCGCUAUUGCUGGCCGGCCACCAUGGCAACUAUCAUGAAGAACUUUGCUGCUGACGAUGAGCUCGCUGUUCUUGGCGCCCCUGAUUUUUGGUCGUGGAUACGUUAACAGAAUUUAUGUCCCGAAAAUGUACGCUGGAAAUUUCCUGAACAGAAUCAUGUUUACCUGUACUUUUGCGAUCCUAUAUGACCCCGUUAGGCUUAUGGUACGGCGUUUUUGUCUGUUUGGUCCUUUAUUUCUGAUGCGCGAGGACUUUACUUUAUAUCCCGUGGUAGCCGACUAAGGAUUCUAUGAAAUACAAUGACGUAGGUAGAAACUUGUUUGUUAGAUAUGACGGCAUAUGACCCACUCACCCUCGCUGACUUACGUGGAUCGUUUUCAGUCCAAAGAGGCGAGAUGUCAGUCAAAAAAUGCACACACACAUGUAUAUAUAUAUAUAUAUAUAUAUAUAUGAGCAGUGGUCGCUCACCGCUCUUCUGGCUUGCAGGAGCAAUCAAGUUCCGUAUAGGUGACACAUUUCACGAGUAGGCAAGGAGCUACCAGACGGAGGUCGUUUAAGUUGUAAAUACAGGCGCGAGGGACAACGGAGAGUUCGGGUAGAUAUAUAAAAUAUUGUUCCAAUAACGCGUAUGCCACAUCCGGCGGACGCCGUCUGUGGACCAUCAGCGCCGUGUACCAGAGCGUUUUUUGUUUCUGAUCUCAGCUGAUAGUUAUGGUUAUGAUUGACAGAAUGACAGAGAAUUAGUCCUAAACAGUACUUCAUCAGUAUACCCGCAUUCUGUCGUCCCACCCACUUGCAAGAUAUAUCUAUAUAUAUGUGCUGGAAAACGGGCAUCCCAAGAAAUUUAAUUGAAAAUAAGUAAGAUUCUUUGGGAAGAGAAUAAACAUUAAUGAGUAAAUUUUCGAGUCUGGUUCCCCAGCUCGUCGUCAGACUUUUGGGCUAUGUACAAGUGAUUCUGUGGUUGGCCGAAGCCUGCGCCAAUGCGCGUCAACGAUUUUCGUCAUCCCCUCGGCAUUAGCUGCGCACUCUUCCAUUUGUCACUGAGAAAUUUGUAUGUGGCAUCUAAAUCGAUAUGCCGGUUGAUGCAUUGCCUCCAGGAAUUCGCGGCCUUUCCUUAUUGGGCAGGCGCCAACAAUGCUGGUGUUCUCCCAUGCAAAUUUAUGUCCAGUGUGUGCAUAGCCACCUGGGAUAAAUGAUCUCGUCUCCUCACCGCUAACUGAUGCUCAUGUAUGCGGGCAGAGGCAGAUUUCCCAGCUUGGCCACAAUAGACAGUAUCACAACUGGAACAUGAUAUUUUGUAGACAACGCCAUUCCUAUCAAGGUAGCCAACCCUGUCCUUAGGGUGUACAAGCUGUGUACGCAAGGUGGUUGUAGGUUGGUGUGCUAAUUGUAUCUGAUGCUUUUUCAGCUGUCUUCCGACGAGUUCAGAUACAUUUUUUUUCUACGUAUUGGAGGGUCCGCCAGGUGAAUGUUUUUGGUGCCUGGGUGGCCGCUGUUUUCGAAAUACCUUUCUGUUUAAACUCAUGUUUCAUGCAAUGACGCACGACGUGGCGCGGGUACCCGUUGUGGGAAAAUAAUUUAAGAAGGUAUUUCACUUCCGCUUGUUAACUGUCUUCAUCAGAGCAGUGCGUUUUAGCUCGGUUUAGUAGGCUGUAGACAGUACUACUCUUGUGAGAGAUGGGAUGGUUACUCUCAAAAUGUAGGAUGACCUGCGAGUAUGCUUCUUUGCGAUAAACUGAAGUCUGAAGGGAUUCAUCAGUUUUUUGGCAUACGAGGACAUCUAGAAAUGGGAGCUGUCCGUCAACCUCUGUUUCAAAUGUGAACUGCAUUCCUGGAAAUGUGGAGUUAAGAUUCGUGUGGAGCUGGUCUAAUUGGUUUCUCUUGACAAUGACAAAUGUGUCAUCAACAUAGCGUAGCCAUAGUUUUGUAUUAAUUUGAGGAAGGGAUGUAUAUUCCAGUUUCUGCAUUAUGACUUCUGCUAGAAAGCCAGAUAUAGGCGAACCCAUAGGAGCACCUUUCAGUUGCCGAUAACAUUGUUUGGCGAAAGAAAAGUUGGUUUCUAGACAAACAUCAAGUAGUUGGAGUAGAGCGUCGGCAGGUACAUCAGUGGUGUAGGUCUGAAGUUCUUCGGUGCAGUGUCUCGCUAAAUCUAAUGGAAUCGAGGUGAAGAGGGAGACUACAUCGAAUGAAAUUACUAUGCGUAAGUAUUGAAAGGUAGGCAUCCCAAGCGAUAUAAGUUGAAAGGGGAUGGGUUCUGUUGGACAAGAGGGUUUAUUGCGUAAACUUUCGACGCUGGUUCCCCAGGUCGUCAUCAGACGCAAACGGAGAGCAAAUGUGGAAGCAAGAAACAGCUAACGUCACGAGUGCACAUAAAGUCGAUACUUGCAUGGCGUGUGCGCCGGUAGGCGGCUGCCGUGUGUCAGCCUGAUCUGGUUGGCUUCUUUGUCUUCCAUUUGUCCCUCAGGUUUCUGUACACGGCAUCCAACUCGAUAUGCUGGUUGAUGCAUGAUUCAUCAGAGUGCAUUGCCUCGAGGAAGUCUCGGCCCUUCUUGGAAGGGCAGAAAGCGACAUUGCGAGCUUUGUCCCAAGCAAAAGUGUGCCCGGUGUCCAGAGUAUGCAUGGCUACCUGAGACAGAUGGUCUCGCCUCUUUACCGCCAACUGGUACUUAUGGAUGCUUGGUGAGGCGGAUUUUCCAGUCUGGCCACAAUAGAGGGCAGCACAUGCAUCACACGGGAUCUUGUAGACGACCUCUUUCUUGUUCAGCUGGUUAACCCUAUUCUUAGGAUGUACCCGCUGAGAGCGUAAAGUAGUCGUAGGUUUAUGCGCCACUCGAAUUUGGUGCUUCCUUAAGUGUCUUUCGACGAGUUCAGACACAUUCUCUAUGUAAGGAAGAGUUCGCCAAGUGCUUAGUUCAGGCGUCUGAGUGAAACUACUCGGCUCCUUCUACCUUGAAUAUCGCUGCCUCAUGAAUCUGCGUACAAACUCCUUAGGGUAUUUAUUCUGUGAAAAUAAUUCGCACACGUUAUUCAGUUCGGCUCGAUAGCCUUCUUCAUCAGAACAAUGUGUUUUUGCUAGACUAAGCUGAUUGUUUACAGCACCCCUUUUGGGAGAAAUGGGCUGGUUGCUCUUAUAAGGUAGAAUGACUUCAGCGUAAGUUUUUUCCGGUAAACGGAUGUGCGUGACGUUCAGUCGACCUUUCGCUGCACGAAAACAUCCAGAAACGGGAGUUUGCUGUCCACUUCCUUUUCAAGUAUGAACUGAAUCCCAGAAAUUGCCGAGUUGAUAGUAUUGUGGGACAUUUCUAGCUGGUUCUAUUUUACGAUAACAAAUGUGUCAUCCACAUAUCGCAGCCACAAUUUAGGAGUACAUAACGGGAGUGCCGUAGCCUCUAGUUCCUGCAUUGUUAUUUCAGCGAGAAAACCAGAAAUGGGUGACCCCAUAGGGACUCCCUUCAGUUGCUUGUAGCAUUCCUGGUCAAAUGAAAAGUUAACUUUCAAACAUAAGCCAAUCAGUUCGAGCACAGCGGCGGCGGGUAUCUCAGUGUCAUAACACAGCAGGAGGUCCUCUGUGCAUUGUUUUGCGAAAUCCAACGACCGCAAAGUCUUGCUCCAAGCCAGACGUUGGAAAAAAUGUGCAAUUCCCUAAAGUCUAACUCGAGGACAGUGUUAUCCAGACAUCCUGUUUGGACGUUUGAUCGGAGCAAACCAGUUCCUUGUCUUUUUCUUUUAAUACCUGUUGUCUCAUGCGCCGGCUUACAAGAUCUCUGGGGUACCCACGUUAGGAAAAGACUGAACAAAUAAUUCAGUUCUAUCUGGUAACUAUUGUUGUCCAAGAAGUGUUUUGCCCAAUUAAGUGUUAUUAACUUAACACUACCAGGAAUUUCGUCUACUCUCGACUAAGAGGUUAACAGGAAACUCCCCUGACGUCCUCGUACAGCGAAUGACUGACGGGACACUUCACACAUCAGUUUUCCGCAAAGAAACUUAUGUGAACGUUGUUUUACAUUACAAUAGCAAUCACCUUAUUGCCCACAAACGACAGAAGCCUUAUAUGCGCGUGGGGCGCUGCAAAUGCGCCAAGGCGAGCGAUAACUGAUAGUUUUCGACCGCUCACAAAGGAGGACAGCUGCCCAUUAUGUCCGUAUUGAAUGAUUCAGUUCUCUCUCCUGGGCCCUGCGUGGGAGCCCAAGCAAUCACGUCUUUAGCAAGGACUAUAUGAGGAAAUGGUUCUAUCUCUUUUGUGGCCCGCCGUUAGCCGUCAAUGCUUGACAUCUUUAUUCAAUGACAAGAGCUACUUAAUUCAAUUGAGUAAGCAUAUUUGUUUAUUUAUCCAGGAUCUCAAGAACGAGGACACAGACGACGCCAAGAACAAGAUCUACUCCCUCUGGAUUGGCGAUGUGGUGCUAGUGGGCCACGGUGACGAGGGCUCGAAUGCCAUACUGACAAUGGCCGCAAAACGUCGCCAGAAGAAUGUCUUCCUCUAUGUGGAGGAAGAAGAGGAGGAGGAGGCUGAUGGUGGGGAGUCUGGCUUGACCAACGCUAGCAAAACCAAGGGAUCCGCUGGCGGCGGUUCCGGUGAGGCGACCAAAUCCGCAGUCGGCCUGCAAAAUGGCAAUUCCGGUGGUAACACGGAGGAGAUACUUGGCCGGGGUCAUCGGCGUGCGAUAAUUGAACAAAAGACUCGGGUGAGUGGAAUGAUCUCAUAAAAUGAAUAUUUCCUUUAAGCCAAACUUCAUCGUCUACUUUGUUUGCCAUGUCCGCGAUCAGGUCGGGUUUAUAAACUCCUCCCCCAUUUGACUUUCAAUGCACUCAGUAGCGGCUGACACUGUUUUUGAGGUUAAACUGGUGAAACACUAAACUCGAUAACCGAUUAGAUCCGAGUCACCGUUAUAGGUAAUUUUGGUCUUGGGUUGGGCGCGUGGUCCGCUGACGAGGGAAGGCAGAUCCGAAAUUGAAGUUCUUACCCCCCCCCCUUCGUCCUGCCCUGGACUAUUUUUUGAUCACACCUAAUCGCAUUGACUGAUAAGGAAAAAUGCACCAUCCUGGUUGUUUUUAUUGCCCAUACAGCACACGCUCAGUUCAGUUUAGUUGUGUGCGAGUUAAACGGCAUUGUCGGACUCUGUAACCCUCGAGAAAUGUCCAGAUCUCGUUAUUUCUAUCUCUAAUUUCUAGAAUGAGCAAUCAGCCGAGGAGAAACGCCUACAGCAGCGAAGGGAACUUUUCCAGCAACUGCAGAUCAACGCCCGCAAUCGCCUCACGGGCAUCAAGAACGACGGUGAACUCGGUCAAAAGGCCAAAUCCAAUGUGGCCUACAAGGGAGCUGGUCAAAUGCCCAAGGAAGAUGAUGUCCGGAAACUGCGAAUUUUUGUCGGUCAGUAUGAUCGCACUAUCCCAUGACUAACCGAAUUUGAGCCUAAUUUUCUCCUUUGCGUGUUCCGUUGGCUUUGCGGGGUCAAGGCUGUGUCAGACACAGCCUCUAUCUGCAAUGCUAAGUGCAACUUUAUCCCAUUAUAAUUAGUCAUACCAAAUUUGUGGACUUCUUUCUGCAUGCCCCAUGUUGAUGAAACGACUUGAGUAGACUGCUCUGGCCAGAAGCGUGCUUUCAAGUAAUAACUACGAGUUCAAUUUGCAAUAGGUGCGCUAACUCGCUGCUUAACGGUUGCGUUCUUUUCAUUGGACACGGACGCCCCCCACCUAAGGUUGCUCUAAAUUGAAGCAUCGAGUUUACGGCGAAGACGGUGUGACCCGUUGCUUGUACGUUUAUGUUCACUAAUUCGCCCUUACUCUAAUGGGCAAUGCCACAUCGCCAGCGGUCUUUAAGGUCGGUUUAUUAGACUUGAACCACGUUAUCUGGAAAGUUGCUUCUAAGGAUGGUAUGUUUCCGUAAGGACGGCUCUAACUGAGAUAGCUUGUUUAAUAAACUUCGUAACUGUGCUUUGCCGAACUACUGUUAGCCGCUCGUCGGUUGUCGAUUUCACGCUUAUUUUGAGCUAAUUUUCUCCAUCAGCCCCCCCCCCCUCCCCCAGCCGAUGUAGUAAGUCACCACCAGCCCCCUCCUCCCCCCAGAGAGAACAACGGAGUAUUUUGCUUGUCACCGACGAAUUUUCCUGCAAGUACCCCUCUGCUGAACGAUGUCUAAAGAGCCUCUUCCAUUGCCUGAGGCCAACAAGCACAGUUUCAGUACGUAUGUUUGUGUUUCUGGCCACGCUUGUUCAGGAGGUAUGGCUGACUGAAUAAAAGCCAUUACUCCCUCAGCUCUGUCAGUUCACCGGUGUCUCUGGCGUUUUUGCUCUAGGAAGGCAAACAUACAGUUGGUUGGGCUAACCCAUGAAACGUUAACCGCAAUUCCGAAAUGCGUUUUCUUUUCGAGAGGAUUAAUUAAGUAGUGUUGUAAAACAAGUCAACCUGCAACAUAAUUCUAUAAUGAUUCAGUUGCGUGAGGAUGCCGGCUUUUGAAUGAACUUCCGUCCGCCUGCAUGCAGAAACUACAAUCUGUAAAAAAUGACCACAUAAGUAGCAUGAAUUUUUCUUAUUGGUUUUCAAUGCCUCUAAAAGUCCAAUUAUACUUCAUGGAAAACAUGCAUAAAAAAUAGUCAGUCUUUUGCUCAUUCGGUAGAAAAUACGUCUUCUUGCAAUUUUCUAUUCCGAAGGAAGGUAUGAUUUGGUUUUCAAAAACUUUUCCAAUUCCCGAAUAACUUUGAAUUUCGACCUGCCGUUACACUUGGAUUCAGGGUUUCAAAACUACAAGCCGUACAGAAAGCCACACAUCUCUUCACGGUAAUAAGGGGGAUCAUGUAGGGCUCAUGAAAUUUAGCAGUUAAUUUGAUCCACAUUGUUGACUUUACAAGCCAAAUUGGUAAAUACAGAGCCAUGAUGACUUAUGGACGGCCAUUUCACGGUAUUAAAAAGUCCUAUAAUUAGAAACUUGUUUAAAACCGAAUUAUCUCCCUCUUUCGAGUGUAAGAUUGUAAGAAGGCGUAUUUAUCUACCGAAUGAGCAAAAGAAUGAAUAUUUUCAUGCAUGUUUCCCAUGAAAUAUAACUGAACUUUUAGGAGCAUCGAACAUCAAUGAGAAAAAACCAUGCUACUUAAGUAGUCAUUUUUUACGGAGUGUGGUUCCUAUAUGCAGCCGGAAGGAAGUUCAUUCGAAACCCGGCAUGCUGAAAUAUUAUAGAAUUAUAUUGCACACUGACCAGUUUUACAACCCUACUUAAUUACUCUUUGCGAAACGAAAACGCAUUUCGGCAUUUCGGUGGACAUUUCAUGAGUUAGCCCACCCUACUCUACUUCCACUGGUUCAUAUAAUUCCCUGCGGAUCAUUGAGAUGGUCCCUUCCCUGACGCACAGCGCAAUUCAAGCUUGCCUUUCUCAUAAGUAACAAAUGUGCCUUUUUAAAUGACUGAUCCCGAUGCUUGUAAGCGCUUUCAAUGCCUGAGCCAUAGUGAGCGUGGGACCCUGAAGCCGCAUCAUUACCGCCAUUUUCAGAGCUUCCUGUCAGUCCAUGAUAGUUUGUCCAUCGCAAGUGAUGGGGAAUUAUCACCGUCCUAGCGAUCGUAGUGUGGUGGGUGAUUUUUGCUGCACCUGCCCCGUGGGCGCAAUAGCCAAUGGGGUUUAACCCGUCUACGCGUCCUUCACAGGCGCCAACUCAAGACUUAAAAGAAACUGGGACGCCGAGUAGAAGGGGCUGAGGUCUCUAACGCGGGCGAGAGUUCCAUAGCAGUCAUAUUAGGAAGGACCCACUGCCCAUUGACCCUGAAUAAUACCGAGUUCGCAGCCAUCCAGGACACGACGGUCGACGUGUAGUAAUAGUUUAAAAGCACAUUAGGUUAUUUGUAGUCGCAUGCCGGACUCGUCAAGAGUUGUAUUGCAACCGCGUCCUAUAAAUGCUGCGUUCCUUGUGCUGCUGCGUCUGAUGAUGCGUUCAGGUGAGAAUGCGAAGCACCAAGCCAAUAAACUUCUUGUUCCAUCGAUCGUAUCCCCUUCAGAACUACAUUCUGGAACUCGUCUUUCACCCCAAACGGUAGUAUUGGCUAGAAUAACAGAUUGUUAUUACUUUGGAAAAUGCUAUUCAUGGCCAGUAGUUCUACUUUACGGCGUGUAAAGAAGACUGGGGCCUUCAGUUUUCUUCCUUUUGUGCCCACGGGAAAAUACUUUCACCUACAGCUAAGGUGCGGCAACCACUCUCGUUUUAAUUUUCAGACAAGAAGUAUGAGACCAUUAUCCUGCCCAUCUUCGGCCACCCAACUCCAUUUCAUAUCAGUACGCUGAAAAACGUCUCCACUUCCAUCGAGGCCGAUUACACCUAUCUCCGUAUCAAUUUCCAUCACCCCGGGGCUGUGAUUGGUCCCAAGGAUGCCUCCAUGUUUCCGGUAAGUUAGCCCCCCUUCCACUGCAAUGAUUCAAAGAAUACUUUGGUUUUCUCAUUCCAUGGAAUAAUUUUGUUUCGAAAUCUCUUCCCCGUCUCCAGAGUCCACAGUCUACUUUUCUGAAGGAGAUGACUUAUCGUGCCUCUAACCAACGUCACCACGGCGACGUUGCGUCUCCCUCUACUAAUUUGAACAAUGCCUACCGCAUAAUCAAGGAAGUUCUCAAGAAGUUUCGUUCUCGUGAAGCUGAGGAACGGGAAAGGGCAAAUCUGGUCGAACAGGACGUCCUGGUGGUUGAUCCUGUCAAGAGUCCCUUCCGCCUGCGUGAUCUGUACAUCCGACCGAACAUCGUAACGAAGCGGAUCACGGGUGAGUAGGAUUUUUUUAAUAACGACCUUACAUGGGUUCCGUUCGGAGGGGAUUCCUUCAAUUUGCCCCAAACUGCUUUUUACAGGCACGUUGGAGGCUCACAGUAACGGUUUCCGCUUUACGUCAAUCCGUGGAGACAAAGUGGAUAUCCUCUACAAUAACAUAAAACACUCCUUUUACCAGCCCUGCGACGGCGAAAUGAUCAUUCUCCUGCACUUCCAUCUCAAGGUAGGCUCUGCAAGUCUGUCCUCUUUCUUGUGGGCUAAGCGCUUCCUCAUCGACGAGGACUUAAAUUAGUACUUAAAUUAGUUGAGUAGGCGUUAUUUACUGCACACUGUUUGUCCUUUAGAAUGCAAUCAUGUAUGGCAAAAAGAAACAGACUGAUAUCCAGUUCUACACCGAAGUCGGCGAACUGACAACUGAUUUGGGCAAGACACACUCGCGUAUGCACGACCGAGAUGAUCUGGAGGCGGAACAGCGCGAACGCGAGAUGCGUGAACAGAUAAAGAAUGCAUUUAAGUCCUUUGUUGAUCGUGCAGAGGCCCUGGCCAAACGUUACAAUUUGGAGUUCGAGAUUCCCUUCCGCGAUCUCGGUUUCUUUGGCUGCCCUCUCAGGUUAGUUUGCCAGCAACACUCAAGGUUGCUUAAAGUAAUCCUUAUUGGUCUGACGGGACACGCUGACGUUGCGGGUUAUAAUGCUAAAUAUUCUAUUUCCUUUUUUCACUUAGAUCCACUGUGUUACUUAUGCCAACCAGCAGUUGCCUUGUCAGCCUUGUCGAAUGGCCACCCUUCGUUAUCACCCUCGAUGAAGUGGAGCUGGUGCACUUUGAGCGUGUCAGUCUUUCCAUCCGCACCUUCGACAUGGUCUUCGUCUUCAAAGACUACCGCGCCAAGCCGGCCAUGGUCAAUUCCAUACCGAGCUCUGCACUGGACCAUGUGAAGGAGUGGGUUAUGUAAGUUGCAAUCCCUCUCCUAACUUGAAGUGGACACUGUUAGGGACGAAGAUAGGCUGAAAUAGCCAUUUUUAGCAGAGGGGGAGGGGCGGUUGGUUGGUUUUGGCUUAUUCGCCGCUGUCAGUCAAUCAAAGCCAGAUCGGGAACAGUAUGUUAUUACCGACAAGGGCAAGGGAGACUGGAAUGGACAUUUCUGGCUUAUUAGCCGUUGUCAGCCAGUCAUACCCAACCCUGAAGUGUGGAACACCCGAGGCUCGAACUCGCGACCUGUUAGUCCACGCCUCUAACCACUGGGCCACGAGCCCGUUGCCCUGUCGGUUUCGAUCAGGAAUAUGCAAUGGUAGGAGGCGCGCACCGAUCGUUCUUACGGAAAUCACUCGUUCCGUUGUGCCCUAUGGACUCUCUCGGGCCCAAUCAGCAUCCGCACAACGACGCAUGAUAUAGGUAGAAUGGCAUUGCCGACAAGGGCAAGGGAGACUGGAAUGGCCAUUUUUGGCUUAUUAGCCGUCGUCAGCCAGUCAUACCCAACCCCUUAGUGUCGAACACCCGAGGCUCUGGAACUCUUGAGCCUAUUCCCCUCCCCCCCGGCCUGAUUGGUAACCAUUUUUUCCUACUUAGUCGUGGUAUAACCGUCCGCCAGGACCGGGGUCUUCUAACUCCAAGACCAAAGCCCGGUGAACACAACCUCCAUGUAAAAGUCUAGGAAGGCGUCCAGUAUGUAACCAGUCAACAACCCCAACACAUCCUUCAGAGGGAAAAACCUUAAAUGCUCCCAGUUAAACAGAAGCAAUGACAGUGCAUUAGAGGCAUUCUGAUAUUUCAUCACGAGUGCGACCAUCCGACUGUGUUGUUAAGAACUAGUGGAACUGGCAACAUGGACGGGGUCAACUUUCUGCUUCCAGUUUCAUCACCUGCUGUCUGCGCUCUGUUUGAGUAAUGAACUCUAAGGUGAAUGCUCAAGAUAGAUUGGCGAAGACGCCACUCACACACGUUCGCGUUUUUGUUUACGGAGAAACCGACGGUGAUCAUCACAGGCCUCGGAGGCGUGGGCGCGUGUUGGUGACGGAAACUUUUGGCAACAUUUAACCUCCUCAUCCACGCUGUUCUGAUGAAAAAUCAGGGUCAAAAUGAAUGAAGAUAUGCUUGACCGCAACGACUGGACUGACUCCCGGGCGACUGGGAGUCGUGGUCACACGAUUUUCGGCUCGGUGCAGGUGUCAGAGGCGGGUGGCAAAUACGCACUUGGGGCGCCACAACAGAAUCAGUCGUUCUAGGGACUCGGAUUUACAAAGUACCUCAUUGGAAGAUUGAAUUGGGCAGUUCUUGCCUGCUCAUCCUACGUCCCUGUAUAUCUUGAAAAUGAAGUCUUGUUAAACAGCCCAUUGUUUGACUUUGAAAACUGGGGAUCCUCUUAUAGACCAGGCGUUACAGAGCUGGCGUACGAUAGCCGGCGGACCGAAGCAACAGCAAUCUGACUCAUUUCUCGGUGUUGCGGACGAGGCGAUUCGGUAUUGGUGACUAAAGUGUGCUCACCUUCAACUCCUACAUCAGGCCACGUGGGAGUUGCGCUGGACCAAUGCGGCACCCAUUUCAGAGUAUGGCAUGCGUUAUUUGGACUGAACAUCCAUAACAAUGUCACACAUGGAGGGGCAGGUGUGGUGGCACUCCUACGCGCAGGCUCGCGGCGCAUCAGCCACCUGUGCCCAAUCCCCGCAUCAGAUGAGUGAACGACUCGGGCAGUUAACUGGUGCCUGGGAGAUGGACCAGAGAGCAAGGUCAACUUCGGAGCCUCCAUCUUCACGUCAUUCAACCACACACCACAACCUAAUGCUCGUCCAAAUGAUCAGGGUGGCUUGAAAGCCUUGACUUGGAAGGCUGCCAACUGACGCGCAAACUCUGUCCUCCAUUUCUGCCACGAUCUUCACGACGAAUACCACCACAGUUUCCACUACCGCCACCGGUCGGACGCUCAUGACGUAUCGUCAACCAUCACCCUAACUACCACCACUCACACCAACACCGAUGUGAACACGGUCCCAAUCUGUCCUUAUUGCGAUCGUACAUCCACCUCACGGGUGGGCCUGGUCGGUUACCUGCGAAUCCAUCGCAAUGAAACCGUUGCACCAGGGCCAGGAACCUCCACGUACACUCCCCGCAUCCGCCUCCAUUGUCCACACUGCCCACGCACAUUCGCUCACCGCAGUGGCCUAUUCGGCCACGUGAGUAUCCACGACAGUGGAAUUCACCGCAGUACCGAGGCACCUCGCAUAUCCUGAACACCCAGCUAGUAACCCAACCCAGCUCCCCAUCCACUAGCAUGAUUACUUCUUCCAGCAUAACAACCCCAACCGACUCAGCAUUCCCUAACAUAUCCUGCCCACACUGCCAUCGUACAUGCACGUCGCGCAUCGGCCAAAUGGGUCACUUGCGAAUUCAUCGCACCGAGACUGGCGAAGCAGUGCCUGGGGCAUCAACAUGCACCAGACCUCAUCGCCUCAACUGUCCGCACUGUCGCCGCAUAUUUAGUCGUCUCGUGGGCUUAGUCGGUCGCACGAGUCCUCGUGAAAACCUGCGGUAAAUCACCACAGUCAUUCAUCCCUCAAGGUAUGCAUCACACCGGAACACCAAUACCACACAACGCCGGCACCUCUCAUGUAGGCGAGAAGUGUGCUAUUCGUCCCCCCCCCCUCCAUGCGGCUCCUCUGCUGCAUGUGAGAUUCGAGCCGCAUAUCCCCCUGUGUUCCAUCUUGCGACGAGUAUUUGCCAAGGUCAUAUUGGUUGGUCCAACCGUGGGUGACCUAGGCGUUUCGCAAUCUGAGUCACACUCCCUUUGCAGCUGGUGCUAGUGUUGAAGGAAAUUUUCCCUACAGGAAGCAAGGUCGGUCCGGAUAUCCUAUUCAUCCGAAGCUGCUAAUUCGUACCCAACCACACACCACAACCUAAUGCUCGUUCAAAUGAUCAGGGUGGCUUAAAAGCCUUGACUUGGAAGGCUGCCAACUGACGGACCAACUCGGUCCUCCGCUCAGGACAGAGGGGGUCAGCCGGCAUUCUAACCGUCGCCUCUAUGGCACUCCCACUCCGUUGGGAUCCUAGUUGCCCGUACGUGGCACGCGUAGGCUGGCGAUUUAGCUUUGUCUGCCCGAUCUCGACUCUGGACUUCUUGACUCUACACCGGACCCAGGUGGAUGAGGGGAGAGAGGAUGCGGUAGAUGCAGCAGAGGUCAUCAUCGUACUCGAUUUUCGGACCGUCGUCCUCACCUCCAGCUUGUCAACAAGUAUUCUAAAUUUCUGCCUACUGAAAUAAACAAGUAGGGUUGACUGAACAAGCAAAAAACAAACUCCUCCACAUCCAUAAAUUGCACACUACAUAUACCUAAUUCGACCCCGUGGGGCGAGUCGCAGUACUCCUGGUGUACAGUCAGAUAGUGGUGGGCUACCGAGUUUAUCGAAAAAUUAGGUAACUUGUCGUGAGUGUGAUGAAGGUGUUGUCAGCUACCGAUUUCCAGAGCCUCAUUACUUCCGUGCGCAGCUCACACACAUCUCACCAUGCAUGCCGCAUGGCGCUUUCAACUUUCCAACGAUGGCUGACCAGAUUCGCUUCUUAUGAUUUGAGAUAUGAAACACAGCUCCUCAUUCCAAGGGGCGUCUUCUCUUCGAACCGUCAACCAGCAUUGAGUUCGUGCAUUUGCAUGUUCGAAAUUUCCCCAUCAUGACAUAUGAAAAUGGCCUUCCGGUUAGAAAUGUUAGUGUUUUGCGGCAGUAUGGAAAUUUGCCGGAGUUGCACACUUCGGCGAAUGCGUGACGCCAUUUGCCUGCGGUACCUCUUCCUCAGUGGGAGAUGGUUGUGGUGUUCAAGUAGUGUCAGAAAUCAGUUGACUCUGCCUCCGACGAGAUUAUAUAAGCUGUGCACGUUGGAGAAAACCGCACUAGAAGACCACUGACUGGUGCUGUCAUGCUCUUUUUACCUAUUUAUUUAUUCAAUCUCGAUAUAUUUCAUGGUCACUGUGCCCGUCACUAUCAUAGAUAAAGACUGUUGUCACCUGUCUCAUUUGUUAUCUAGGUCUUGCGAUAUCUUCUACUCCGAAGGUGCAAAGUCCCUGAACUGGCCUAAAUUAAUGAAGACGAUCGUGGACAAUCCGGAGGACUUUCUCGAACAGAACGGUUGGAGCUUCCUUUCUCCAGACGACGUAAGUUUUGUAAUCUUGGCCGUACCUCGUUGGUUCUUUUUUCUUCCCUCCCCUCCCCUUUACACCUUUUGUGCAAACUGCUACUACUAUUACCACCACCACCACCACCACCACCACCACCACCACCACCACCACCACCACCACCACCACCACCACCACCAUCAUCAUCAUCAUCAUCAUCAUCAUCAUCAUCAUCAUCUUCGUUUCCCUCUUACGCCAGCCAAUGGCAUGGUAAUCGAUAGGCUCCUAACGACUUUCCCCACCGUUCAGCUGGUCGAACGUUUUAGUCAGUGACAAUUUACACCCAAUGUCCAGGUCUUUCCAGCCUUAAGUUAAAGUAUGACGAAUUGACAACUGCGCAUCACUCGCGCUCGUCAGGGCGACGAUAACACAACCCACCGUUGUAGCCCAUCGGAAGCUGAGAACUGGCGUGUCAAAAAGUGCUUACGCGCCUACUUUGUCCUGCGUAAAUCUGGUCCUCGCAGUUUAGUUUCUACUUCCCCUGUUCCACCUUUAAUUCCUCCCCCGCCGCCGACAACGUUUGAGUUCACUUCUUCAUCGACUUCACUCUCUCCUUCCCUCUCCCCCCCUCCUUUCUCAUGAAAACGCAUGCGCCCGUGCAGGACGACGAGGGUGAUGAGGACGAUGUGGACAGUCAGGAGGAGGACGAAAACUACGAGCCCUCGGUUACCUCUUCGGCUAGUGAUGGUGAGGGCAGUGGAUCCGCAUCCGACGAAGAUGACGAGGAUGAGGAUUGGGAGGCUGAGGAGGACUCUAGCAGUGAGGGCUCUCUUGAUUCGGACGAAUCCGAAGGCAAGAAUUGGGACCAACUUGAGGAGGAGGCUCUCAGGGGUAGGUUUUGUGUUUGGAACACCAGCUUUUUUGUUUUAGCCAGCUGUUUUUUUGCGGUGUCUGCACUGUUGAGUUCCUCUCACGUGAGCUCCACCAUUCAGCGCGUGACUCGUCCCCCAGUAAUAUGAGCAACAAUAGUCGCAACCAAUAGACUGGGCAGGAUUCGGGUGAGACAAUGAUGUUUCAGACUUUGGCUAAACUGGCGUCCCUUCCGCUUAUUGCGAACAACACUUUCAUCUUCUGAAAAACCCGACGACCUCUCUGGUGGGAUACGAACUCACGACAGCAAGGGCGAGGCUUCAGUGUAGUAAGAUCACUAACCACCUAAGCUACGAGGCCCCACGUGGGUAGCCGUGAAUUUGAUCAAAUUUGGGUCAAAUUACCGCUUAGCCUGCUUCAACGUAUGGAAUCCACCUAUCCUGAUACAGUAAGCAGGCUGUCCAAACAAGGUAUAUUAAGUAAUUAUUUUCGAGCUCUCGAAGAGCUUGCUCCCCCUUGUAGGUGCGCUUUGGCACUGUUGUUGGUCAAGGCACAUUUGGCCAUCCCCUGUCGAAGAACUAGGUCAUCCCCUCGACUUUUAAAUACCGCGGUCGUUUAUGUACGUAUCUGUAAACCCGGAUCCCAUGCGGUCAUCGAUUGUUGCAUCCAGAAGCAAGGCAGAAAUUUUAACCAACGUCAGAAUUCAUAUUGACCCAACUGUGAAAAACUCGGCGCCUCGGUGGGAUUCGAACCCACGCAGUAAGGGGGAAGGCUUUAGUACACCCAACGCUCUAACCGCCUGAGCUAAGAGGCCCCGCCGGACGACGCGAGUUUUAUCACACUUGGGUCAAGUUAACCCCCCAACCUACUGCAACGUCUAGAAUCCACCAAAUCUAAUACAGUAAGUUGACUGCCCAAGCAGGAUUUCCUAAGUAAUUCACCUAGAAUCCACCAGAUAACUACUAGGCUCACGUAAUUCAUUGAUAUUUUGGCAGUUGAGUCAUAAUGAAUUAUUCAAAAUCUGCCAAAAUAUCAAUGAACAACGUCAGAAUUGUAUAUUCGUAGCCUGUGGUGUAAGUACGGACAUAGUUUAGGAACUCGUUUAAUUCGUUAAGAAGUCCCAUAUUUUUUGAGCAUAAGCAUAAAUUCUUAAUAUGGCCUCUGUGGUACUCCUACCUCGUGGAGUCUCAUUUUAUGUUUUACAUUCUGGUCAAGUGUUUGUCUUGGACCAGGGCUUGUGUGUGUUGGUACGCCUAGGUACGAGUUUCCACCGUGCCAGUCACCUGCGCCCACGUUCCGCCUCAAAACAAAAGAGGUUAUUGAAAUCAAGAUAGUAGCACGUUUAUAGUUAUAACAGCGUCAUAGCUGACGAGUGUCAGGGAGUUCUGCCUGACCCUUCACAGGUUAGUAUUCAGACGCCUCCUAAACACACAGUGGGGGAAAUUGACGACAGCCGUUAGCAAAACACUCCAGUGACGGAUGAAUCUCUACGAGAAAUAGGCUAAACGUUGAUUAAUGCGGCACAGCUUCUCUUUAAGUUGUUAAUUGUGCCGUUUGGGAUUCGUCUUCGGCGCUACUUCGAAAAGAUUUUCCCAGUCCACAUCAAGAUUGAGUCCCUUAGCACCACUGUACUGUGCAGGCGUAGAGCUUCAAACUGGUUGGAGACUGCUCGCACGUUGAACUUUUGAUUUCGAGAGUGGCAUUCGUAGGACGUCGAUGCACACCCCCAAGAAUGCCCGUCUUUGAGAAUCCACGACCGCCAAACCUGUAGAGUAUAUUCCAGGUAGGACUACAUAAGUUAUUCAUAAAUUUUAUCAACGAUAUCACCACAAAUGUCUACAAACGUUCUGUGUACCGCACUCAUAGUUGUGAUUGGUCGCACUACGACUUGGGAACACGGCGUUGUUACGCCUAAAUCGUCCAUGACGAAUACUCCAAGACCUUCUUGCGCAUUUGCUGUUUUAAGUGGUUGGUUUUCCAUGGGAUACUGUUGUGAAAGUGCAUUUAUUCUGCGUCUUGCUGACGUUUUGUGCAUAUGUCGCCCUUGAAUUUCAUUUACUCCAUGCCACUGCAGCCGUUCUGUGUCCUGUUGCAAUAUCAUGGAGUCUUUGUCGUCUUUUAUCACCCUCCAGAGCUUAGAAUCAUCCGCAAGGAGCGCUAUAUCAGACUUCACUUCCUUUACUUGGUCAUUUACAUAGAUGAUGAAUAUGAUCGGCCCAAUAACAGGCGCCAAUUCUAAGCAGUAGCAACUCACGGUGACUUUUUGUCGUCGAAAUUUCGAAUCAAGUUUAGGCGGUUUCCUCUAAUCCUUGUGUCCGAUAUCCUUUGGAUGAAGCGCUUCUGUGGGGCCUUGCGGAGGUCAAAGCAAAUGACAUCAACCGAAUUCUCUUAAUCCACUGCCCUUGACCAAUGUUCGAGCGAUGUAAGGAGGUUUGAUGUGUCAUAUCAGCAUCCAUAUGACAUACACGUCGGUCGCUUUACGAAGUUCAUUCAUCUUCCCCCUGUAAUGGAGGUUCGGUUAAUACCAGUAGCUUUGUGAUUUGGAAGUUUUCCGGACACUCAAGGGUUUUGGCACGUGGGCAAACGAAAACCACUUGCCUCGCUUUCUCUCUUGCGCUCUCUCCAAUGGUGUCAGCACAAGACUAACCAUAAUGCCCAUAUUUGCUUCUUCUGCCCUCUUCGUCAACAGAGGAUCGCAAACUUGAUGCCCGGGAGACGGAUGAGAAACCGACGCAUAAACGACGCCGGUCACCAAGUCCGUCUGCUCGCAGCAAGAAGCCCAGACAAUCGUCCGCCCCCUCCAAGGAUCGCCGCAAGCACUAA